AACUAUCCAGAUACAAACAACAAGGUUUUUUAUACCGAGUUUGCGCUCCGGAAAUGGCCAGGUCAUGGCGUUCAGUGCCACUUCUCUGCCUGUUUUGUUUCGUUAUAUGGUGUGUGUUUGAAGCUGGAGCCAAAUCAGACUACUCUGUACUCCUCCAAAGGCACAGGAGAGAAUGGAUUGUCCCUCCACAAAUUUUGGAGGAGAAUGUAGACUACACUAAAAAGCCCUUUAUUGCCAGGAUUCGUUCAGACAGAACGAAUGAAAGUCAGGUCCCAUUAAGAUAUGCUUUAAAGGGCAUCGGUGCAGACAAGCCACCCUAUAACUUGUUCAUUGUGGACCCUUCCACUGGCAACGUUAAAGUAACUGGGAUCCUGGACCGAGAGGUCAUUUCCCAGUACAAUCUCUCUGGAAUUGCGAUGUACACUAAUGGAUCAAUAGCAGAGAAUGAAAUUCAGCUGAGAGUAAAGGUGCAAGAUCAGAAUGACAAUCCUCCCAUCUUCUUACCCAUCAGCACAGGAUCUGUGAAUGAGCUCAGCAAUAAAGGCAAGUGUGUAAUGAAAGUAACAGCAACAGAUGCUGAUGAACCUGGGAAUAUCAACUCUCAGAUCUCCUAUGAGAUUGUUGAUGAGAACCCUCCAGGAAAGAUGUUUGAUAUUUAUCCGAAUGGAGAAGUGAUUGUUAAUAAUAAAAACUUGGACCGAGAGAAAGUUGACCAGUAUAAGCUUACUAUAAGAGCCUUAGACCUCAAUGGGGGUCAAGGUUGCAACACAGCGACAACAACAUUAACUAUUCAGAUCAAGGAUGUCAAUGAUAACAUCCCAGUACUGGAGCAGGACUCAUUUCAAGUCAGUGUUGAGGAGAACACAGAGAAUGUGGAGGUGAUGAGAUUGAAAGCUACUGGUCUGGACUUGCCAAACACUGAAAACUGGCAGGCUGUGUACACCAUUGUGUCAGGCAAUGGGGGUGGGCAUUUUAAUAUAGUCACUGAUCCAAAGACCAACGAGGGAAUCCUGAUGCUUGUCAAGAGUGUAGAUUAUGAGCAAGUAAAACUCAUGAAACUGAGCAUCAUUAUAAGUAAUGUGGCUCAGUUCUACCCAGGACAUAAGCCUUCAGGGAUACCUGGACCUACAGGAAUGCUCGGUGGUGGUGGUGGUGGUAAAGUCUACACUAUGAAUGUUAAUGUAAAGAAUCAGCCUGAAGGCCCGACCUUCAAUCCCAAAGUGAAGGCAGUUCCAGUUUCUGAAAAUGGAAAGAUGGUUGAUAUAAAAAAGGUCCUCACAACAUACACCGCUAUCGAUCCAGAUACAGGAUUACCUGCUCAUGGAGUCAAAUAUGUUAAAGGCUCUGACCAAGACAACUGGCUAUCCAUUGACGAGAAAACUGCUGAGAUCAAACUGAACAAAAUCCCAGAUCGAGAGUCUCCAUACCUGGUCAAUGGGACUUACAUGGCAGAAAUCCUCUGUAUUACUCAAGACAUGCCCUUUAAAACAGCGACGGGCACUGUCGCCAUCCAGGUGGAGGACUUUAAUGACCACUGCCCUACUCUACCUGAUCCCACACAGACGAUAUGCACCACUCAGGAAGUUUUGUAUGUCACUGCAGAGGACAAAGAUGAUUUUCCAAAUGCAUAUCCCUUCACAUUCAUUGUCCUGCCUGAAGGGACAGAUGGAAAGUGGAGUGUGGAGCUCUUAAAUGAUACAACAGCCAUGUUGGUGCCCCAAGACACAUUGUGGCCAGGCCUUCUUCAGGUGAUUCUAGAAGUUCGUGAUCAGCAGGGGAUGUCGUGUCCAGAUAAGCAGGUGUUAAAGGUGAAUGUCUGCACAUGUGAUGAAUCAGCAACAUGUGGCGCCAUUGCAGCUCAAGGAAAGAGCUCAGGCCUUGGCAGUGCCGGAAUUGGUUUGCUUAUCCUGGGACUCCUUGUGCUAUUACUUAUUCCACUCCUACUGCUGUUCUGUCAGUGUGGAGCAGCUGCCAUGAGCAGACCCUUCACUGACAUGCCUUUUGACACUAAACAGCAUCUGAUUUCCUACUAUACAGAAGGUCAGGGAGAAGACCGGGAUGUGCCCUUCUUCCUGAGUGACACUGAUGGUCCUAGAAUGAUGCCAGGUGACUUUUGGGCCAUCGACAGUGCAGCGAGUGGAGUUGCUGCCCUUGGAGCUGCAGGAGGUGCUGGUUACGUCAUCAAUAGAGGGCAAACCAGAAAUCAGAUUGAAAUGGCUUCUAUGAGUCAGGGAAUGAGCGGAUAUCUUGGGAUGACAAGGGAGGAGUUUUCCAUGUAUGACAGUGGACUGGGCCUUUCAGAAGACUUCUUCAACCAUUACUACCCACGUAAAACUCAGGACUUAUGCACCACAGCUGAAGAGAAUUUGCUGCUGUUUAGUUUAGAAGGUCAGGGAUCACCUGCUGGCUCUGUCGGUUGCUGCAGCAUCCUGGAAUCUGAUAAUGAUCUGGGGUUCCUUAAUAAUUUGGGGUCAAAGUUCACUACUCUAGCUGAGAUAUGUGGUGGAGGCACAAAGUUCACAAUGGCUGCUGCCUCCCUUCCUCCUCCAAAACCCAUCAUGGAUCACUCUGAAUCAGUUUCCAUGCACACCAGUUUUGCCAACACCAACACUGUCAACAUGGCCGCCGAAGUUGCAGCAUCCUCUACCAUGCACAGGGCGGAGAAUGUGGUAGUUAACGACACCCAUGUAGUAUCUGACGUGCAGCCAGCCCAGACUCUGAUCGAUGUGCCCACCCAGACCCUGAUGGUGCAACAGCAGCCAAUGUACUACAUGGUGGAGCCUCAGGUUUCUAACACUGUGCUGUUGGCCGAGAGGCCCAUGGUGGGACUGACCCAGGGGAUGUAUGUGCUGAAUGGCGCUCCAGUGAACGAAAGAGUCCUGGUCCAGGGUGCUGUGCCAGCACAAGGCACGAUUGGUGGAGGAGACGGAGUGGUAUUGUUGGAAACAUAUGGAGAAUCCACCACAGCACUGAACACAGACUUGCUCCAGUCAGCUCAUUUGUCGGGUUCACAGCUUUUGCUUGUUGAUACAGGUGCACAAGGUGGCCAGGUCCUCCAAGGAAUACUGCCGCGAGGGAACAUCUCUGGAUCUCAAGGCAUAGUGUUUGUGGAAGGGCAAGGAGGGUCUGCAAUUCAUGGAUCCCUCCAAAGAAGUGUUCCUGUGGCUGGAGGCUCUCAGAGUAUGCAGUAUGUAGUAGAGAGGCAGGGAGGGACUUCAGGAAUCACUCAUGGAUCCCUGCAGAGGGCGGUAACAUCCACUGCCAUGUCCCAGAAUGGGACUAUUGGAUUGAACACAAGCACUGUACACGGACUUCCCAGCUCACAGAAGAUUGUUGUCAAAGAGAAGAAGGUUGUGAAAACCAAUCUGUAAAAUUGAUACAUUUUCCUCACACUGAACACAACACCAGUAGGCUGAGGUAAUGUCCUCAAUGCUUUUACUCAUAAAAUACAAGCAUUUUGACACACAAAGGUUCUUAUAUUCAUUAGUGCAUACACUGUACAUGUCUUGUCAUCCUUUUUAAAUUUACCUGUUUAUUUGGUCA